CGAUGAAAGAAAAGAGUAUCAAAAAGAAGAUGGAUCAGAGAAUUCUGGAAUCAUCCCUCCUCCUCUCAUCCCAAAACAGGAAGAUGGGGAUGAAUUGUCUCAUCUCAGGUGUUACGCCUGUGACAUCGAAUUCCCAGAUCAUUACAGACUCAGUGAACACAUUGGAAACUGCCAUUUUUCCGAAGACAGCAAUCAAGGGGAAAAGGAAUACAAAUGCCGACAAUGUCCUAAAGUUUUCAAUUGGAAAUCGAACCUCAUACGUCAUCAAAUAGCACACGACGAAAGCCGAAGAUACGUCUGUGAAAACUGUAAAAAAGUCUUCACUGAUCCCAGUAACUUACAAAGGCACAUAAGGUCUCAACAUAUCGGAGCCAGGUCUCACGCAUGUCCUGAAUGUGGAAAAACUUUUGCAACAUCCAGUGGGUUAAAGCAACACACGCACAUCCACAGCAGCGUUAAGCCUUUUAGAUGUGAAGUUUGCUUCAAGGCCUACACGCAGUUCUCAAACCUAUGCCGCCACAAGCGCAUGCAUGCUACUUGUCGCAUGCAAAUUAAAUGUCACAAAUGUGGACAAGCGUUUAGUGCAGUUACUUCUUUAUCAAAACACAAACGCUUUUGUGAAGGGGCACCCACAAAUAAUUCAUCAUCAUCAGCUCUACCCCUUCCAAAUCAGUCUCAAACAACCUCACCUGGUUCAGCUGGAUUCGAUUCCAGCAAGACAGGGCCUAUGAGCUUAGCACCACCCAGUAACCAGCUUCUGUUUUACCCUCGACCAGGAUUUUCCUUGUAUCCACCAUCAUUCUUCGGAUACCCCUUUAUAUCAGGACCUGGACUGCCAGCACCACCCCCACUCAUACCAGAUACUGGCCUGCUACCUGGUCACCCUGUUAAUAUAGCGGCUGCUGCCCAGGCUGCUCAAGAUCUCCAGAGACAAUUUUUGAGUAAUAAUGGUUGUCAAGAGACACCGAGCACGUCAAACUCUGUAAAACAAGAGACUAAAUCACCAGGAAAAACUAAAGAAAAGCACAAUUCCGAAGUUUCUGAAUCAGAAGCUUCUGAAGAACUAUCGUCGGAAGACACUGCUGGUGAGGAUAUUUCCUCAUUCAGUGACGCAGACUCGGAAGUAGAGGCUGUGACCAAAUCCCUGAGAAAUUCUCCGAAACAAAAUCAAAACGGUGUACCACCUGUUAGUGAAUCAGAAAGCCAAGCAAAUCCAUCAAACAUGUUUAUUAGUCACAGACAAGGCUCACCCAAACUCGCUUCGGUAUGUCCCGAUCCUUGUCUCAUCAGGUCUCCAAUCAAUUCCAAUGGACCCCUGCGACCCAUCCCUUCGAAUGGAGUUUUAAAACAGGAUCAUGACAUGCCUUUCGAUCUGUCUCAAAAUAGUAAAUCUAAAUCCCACAGUGAGGAUCUUUCGGAUUACCAUCCAAAGAUGAGAGACACGCCUCGAACUGAUGAACAGCCCUUAGAUUUACGAGUAACGCCUAAAAAACCGUCACCUACCAUCGAGGACGAUAUAGAAAAACGGAAAAUUUCUCUUUAUGAAGAGAAGGAAAGAAUCAAAGAGUAUGAUAGUCCUCCUGUACUGGCACCCAUACAAGAACCUAUUCCACAACUAGAACUUCAAAAGAGAGAAAGUCCUCCCAUGCCGCCAUCCCCUAGCAAAAUGCCAAUGGCCUACCCAAGACCCAUACAUCCUAUGUUCCUAGAGUCAAUGUACAGAUUUCAACAAGAAAAACCAGCUUUCAAUCUUUUCCCUGGUCCUGAACGUCUCAUGCCUGCAUUUCCUCCGAGGUAUCCCUUUUUAGGUCCGCUCUUAUCAUCGAAUCCAUCUUUUGACUUCAUGCGAGCACAUAUGGAAAAAGUCAGCAAGCCAAUGCAUGAAAUCAUGUCCCCCCAUCUAAACAAAACCAAAGAAAGGUACUCGUGCAAGUUCUGUGGCAAGAUAUUCCCAAGGUCUGCAAAUCUGACUCGACAUUUACGUACGCACACUGGUGAGCAACCAUACAAAUGCAAAUAUUGCGAACGAUCAUUUAGUAUAUCAUCCAACCUUCAGAGGCAUGUUCGAAACAUUCACAACAAAGAAAAGCCUUUCAAAUGUCCACUAUGUGAUCGCUGUUUUGGACAACAAACGAAUCUAGACAGGCAUUUGAAGAAGCACGAAGCCGAUGGACCCACAAUACUUGAUGAUUCUCCUAAAGCCAACGAGCCUGAUGACAAGGACGAAGCGUACUUUGAUGAAAUUCGAAAUUUCAUUGGAAAAGUGACGAAUAGUGGACACAGUGGCAUCAAUCCAAUGAGUCUAAUGAAUCCACUGGAGGAACGAAAAAGAGAUCGUGAAUCACUGAUGAGUUCAGCAUCUUAUUCUCCCAGGCAAAAUAGCAGUCCGGUCAGUGGUCACAGUGAUAAUUUGGACGACGAAACAGAUGGUGGUGUCAACGGUUCUGAUCCCGACGAUAUAGAACCUUCUAGAAAGCGACACUGUAAUGAUGAUCAAUCGAAUAUUUCGUCCCCCAGCACAGAGCGAAGUAAUAAAAGUCCUGAUUCUAUGAAAAAUCAAAUAAAUGUACCAUCAACUCCACUGAGUCAUAUAAAAAAUGGAGACAUUCCACUGAAUCUGCACCACAAAGCAUUCGCCUACGAAAUGAUGAUGCAAAUCAAUCGGAAGUUUGAGUUAAAUGGAAUCAAAACUAAUGGACACAAACAGCAUUUAAGUGUAGAUAGUUUAGACGAUGACGAUUUAGAUGAAGAUGAAGGGAAAGAGUAUAGUGAGGAUGAAUCACGUUGCAGAAGUAGUUCUCCCUUGCCCUCAUCUGAAGAAGUAAAGGUAGACUGAAUGCGUUUCAAAGCAGUUGGACUCUUCAACGCAUAAUGUCAAAUUUGAACGUGUUAAAACAUGUUUCAUUCAGAGAACCCCAUGAAAAUAGUCUGUUUAAAACAGAAGCAAUAAUAAAAGAGGUGAUUCUCUGAUUUUCUUUUUUCGGAAUCGAAUGGCGUAUCAUAAACUGGAUUCGCUUUUAAAAACGUUAUCAAUUUUUGUUCAUGAAAACAUUUAUUAGAAAAUUUUCACGUGCUCUAGAUCACACACAGAGGAAUUUUUUUUGGCGAAGCUAGUCAGUCUGUAAUUUAGAAUAUGCAAGUUCAAAAAGAGUUUUAAAUGGACUGAAAACUGACAUUUUGUUAUCAUAAGAAAUAUUAAAGCUAUGCAAUUAAUUUUAAUCAGAAUUUAAGUUCAAAAACUGUGGUGCUUACGAUGUAUGUUCAUAAAAAAAACCUUUAUUUGCAUGUGUUCAAAAAAUGCAAACUAUUACAGUUUUGAAAAAUGUCACUGUUUUAAAGAAGUUAUACAAUGUUAUUGUGAUUACGUGAAAAGUUAUGUUUUUUAUUUUAUAUCACUUUCUAGAGUUGGGUAUGAAAUUGGUGAUUCAAAUCACUUUAAGUGAUUACUGAAAAUUGUCUAAAAUAUUUCAAUAUAAAGGAUUUGAAAUCACUUAUAGUGUUUCGUAUCACCAUUUUAACCAUCGAUACAAAUCAGUGGAUUCCAAUCAAUUCAAAAUCACGAUUUGAAUUGAUUCGAUUUAAAAGAUUGUUUAAAAUCAAAUUACUGGAAUCUUAUAAGGAGCAUUGAUUCAAUCACCACAAUUGCUAAUUAGCUAGAAUCACGUGAUUAAAAUUAUUCGUUUCAGUUGAAUUAUUAUUUUUUUCAAAUCAUGAAUGACUCAUUAACUCAAUUGAUUCGAGAUUUUGAAUUACUUAAGUGAUCGAUUCAAAUGAAUCGAAUUAUUUUGAUUAUUACCCAACUCCCUUAUGUCAUUAAAUUUCAUUUGAAUCUUCAGUCUCGCCUAGUCACUUAAAUAGAUUAAAUAGGCAUCAUUACUUUCAAGCUGUGUGAUAAAAAGCUUGUUACAAAUUUAAUUUAUUUGCUAAGGUGAAAAACAAAUGAAUUUUAUAUUUUUUAAAGAAAAUAUUCCUGUAGUGUAUUUUUAAAUGUCUUUCUGAAACCUAAAAAAUUCAAUGAUUCCAAAGAAAUGAAUGUUAUGUCCAUAUGUACAAAGUCUGCGGUAUAGAUAGAGUUUAUUUUUUAUUUUAAGAUGUUUUAUAGUUCUGAAUUUUUAAGUUUAUUUUAUGUUUAUUAUUUCACAAGAAUCGAGAGACAGAAAUUAUAUAGGUGAAUUAAUUUAUGUCACAUAGUAUUGGGUCAGAAUAAGUUCAAUUAUGGAUUUAAAAAUUUUUAAUUUCAAGAGUGACUUACACUACCGAUUUCUGCAGUAAAAUAACCACAGAGAAAAUAAAACUGUAAAAAAAUGAUUCAAAACUAGUUUUUAUUAUUGUAAAUUUUUGAUUAACAUUUUGGUUAACUUAUAACAGUUUGGUUAACAUUUGCUAUUCCAUUUACUAAGUUUCAUUAAAUUUUCUAUGCAUUCUCUACAGGUAUCGUAAUCACAAUCAUAAUAUAUACUUUUAGAAUCUUUGUCAAAAAAAGCAUGAAUUUUUAGGUUUUGAAAAUAAUAUUUAAGUGAGGAAAAAAAAAAACAGAUGCGCUAUCAAGAUCUAGUGAAUGAUUACUUUGAAAGCUACAACUGAAAACAUCAAAACCAGUUUGAUUGUAGAAGGAAACUUGGAUGUGUUUCUAACAAACGUCUUUUAGUUUCUCUAUUUUUUUAAUCAAACAGGUUUUAAUGUUUUGUGUCCCCUCUUUUCCACUAAUGAUUCCUUAGAUUUCAAUAGCAUUUUCGUCUUUGUUUUUCUCGCAUAAUUUGAUAUACUUUAAUCUAUAUACUUUCUAAACUCCAUUUUUGACAGAAAUUCUAGAAAAAUAUAUUUAGGGUGGUCGUUACGGGACACCCUGCAUACAAGAAGCUCUGACUAAUACAGAUAAUUUUACACACAUAACACGAAGGAGAAUAAAUUUUGUUAUUGGAUUAUUAUAAAAAUUAAAUAAGUGAUAAAUUAAAUUUUUAAUAUCUUUUAUUUUACGUUUUUUUACGUUAUUUUUACGGUUAUUUUACUGUACUAAUGUUGCUAUUUCGUAGUGCUAGUCACCUACUGAAUUAUUCAGCCAAUAUUUUCCAUUUUAUGACAGUUUACUUUAUAAAAUUUGAAAAAUGAAAUAUUUUAGUGUUAAUAACAAAACUUUUAUAAUAUCCAUUCGUUUAAAAAAAUUUGAAUUUGAUUACAAUAUUUUAGAAUGAUUAACAGCAUAGUUAAUGACAAUAAAUGUAAACUCUCGGCAGAUUUUGCUGCUAUAAGCAGAAAAUCUUUUUUUUUUUUUUUUUUCUGUAAUAAUCCAUGUUAAUAAAUUUAAAAGAAAAAUGUAUUACAAUAGAAUAUCUAUACCGAUUUAAUAAUAAAAUCGGCAGAAUUCUUUGAUGUUUAUGUUCUUAAAAUUUAAUAUUAAAUACAUUGAUACUAAAAUGAGUAGAUACAUAUAAAAAACUUUGCAAGUUAAUUUUGAAGUUCCUUUUAAUAUUUUUGUGUAUAAAUAUUUAAAAUUGGUAUGUUUGAUAUAUUUUAUUUAAUUUUAACUUUUAUGAGUAUAAAUGAAACCAAACAAGUUUGUUUAAAUCUCUCGAUUUUAUGUCACGUGUACAGAUAAAAAAAAGUAUUGUAUUUAUUGUGAAAUUUGUAUAUUUAUUAACUAUUUACAUAGAAAUAUGAAAAAUAAAUCUGUCAUUGUCUUUUCAUGCAAAUGCAUUUUCUCAUUAUUCUGUAAUGUUAGAAUUUUGAUGAAGAAUAAAAUAUAACAAACUUCUAUGUAAAUGGAAGAAAAUUAUCAUUCA